UUGUUUACUGUACCGACUAUCAGCCGCAUGUGUAAACAAUAGCUGUAAAGCAGCGAUGGUUUGCGCACAAUAAAGCAGCGAAUUGUGCAGAAGUUUGCAUUAGAAACAAUGGAGAUCUCAGCGGAUGUGUGGUUAAUCCUGACCGCAGGGAUCAUCACUGUCCUCACUGCUCUUCUCUCUGUAUUUCUCUUCAUUAAUCGAUCAGUUCCAGUAAACACAGCUAAAGGAACUCAGGGUUCCACUGCUCAGGGGUUCCCACCAUGCAAACAGCAAGAGAACUCCACCAAGGAAUCAAUCUCAGAACUCAGUGAACCCCAGCCUGAGUCUGCAUGGACACCACAGACAGCCAAAGAUCAUCCGAAUGAUUCACAUACUUCCAAACAGCGAGAGACUGUUGAGGCGGAUGCUGUGUCAGACUAUGACAGACCCACUGGUUGUGUAAAAACAAAUAAUGAGGACACGCCAUUGAGGUACAUGCCUGGUAUGUUGCGGACGAGCCAACUUGAGAAGAUGAUGAGUAAAGAAGAGCUAGAGGAGGAACAGAGAGUUCAGCGGGAGCAGCUUGCUGCAAUCUUCAACCUGCUAAAACAAAACCGGGACACAUUCGGGGAGGUGAGCGAGACAGACAUGGAGGAACAGCUUAAACUCUAUUCUAUUUGAAAGAGUCGCUACAAAGGCUGUACUGGUGUCGCAAACUGGGGGCUGUCGUACGUAGGUAACGCCCAGUGUCAGUGCAGAAAUACUUUUAAUUAACAUUUGCUGGGUCGUUAAAAUCCCAAGACGGCCCUGACAUACCCUAUAUGGCGGACGGCAUGGUGGCUAAGUGGGUAGCACUGUCGCCUCACAGCAAGAAGGUCCUGGGUUCGAUCCCCAGGUGUGGCGGUCCGGGUCCUUUCUGUGUGGAGUUUGCAUGUUCUCCCCGUGUCUGCGUGGGUUUACCCCAGGAGCUCCGGUUUCCUCCCACAGUCCAAAAACAUGCAAGUGAGGUUAAUUGGAGAUACUAAAUUGUCCAUGACUGUUCGAUAUAACCUUGUGAACUGAAGAACCUUGUGUGAAGAUAAACUACCGUUUCCUGUCAUGAAUGUAACCAAAAAUGUAAAACAUGACGUUAAAAUCCUAACAAACAAACAAACAAACCCUAUAUGGCCAAAAAUAUGUGCACAACUCUCUCUGCAUUAAGCAGAAGCUUUUAUUCCAAGCUCAAUUACAAUUAUCAUUGAAUACAAUUAGAACAAUUGAAAGUUGAGAGCCUUGCUCAGGGGCCCGGCAGUGGCAACUUGGCAGCGGUCAGGCUUGAACCAGCAACCUUCUGAAUUCUAGUCAAGUACUUAUUGACUAAUAUUGAUUGAGUACAGGUGUUUCAGCCACACACAUUGCUCACAGGCUUUUAAAAUGAAUUUUCAGCUUUGUGACAGCAGUUUGGGGAAGGCUUGUUCCUCUUCUAGCACGACUGCAUCCCUGUGUACAAACCAAGAUCCAUAAAGACAUGAGCUCAACCCCACUGAUUACUUUUAAAUGAAUUGAAUUGAAACGUUGAUUAUAAGCCAGGCCUUUUCUUGCCUGAUGCUGUAUUGACUGAAUGGGCACCAUUAAAAUUUCCACGGAUACACUGUGAAAUCCAUCCCUGAACAGUUCAGGAUGUUACACCCACAUAGUAUCUUCAUAAUAAUGCUAAUGGAUUUUAAAUAAGAGGUCCAACAAGCUCAUGGCCAGGUGUCCACAUACUUUUAGCCAUAUAGUGUACAUAUACUCUACAUAACUUCAGCUGUAUGUCAGUAUUUAUUUUGGCUUAUGUAAUCGAAAAAUUGUCAUUUAUAGAUCCUGUCAAUAAACCAGCUCGGGCAAGUGUUAUCAAGUUUGAACACGUUAAUUACACACACUUUUAAGCAAUCACGGCUUCUGUCGUGCCGCUGUUUAAAAUAUGAAUAGACAGAUCAUACUGUAAGAUUUGAAAGAUUAGCUGUAAUUCCGAUUUGGAAAAUCAUUAAUCCUACCAAGCAGACCAAACCUUUGAAGCCUUGUUGAAUAUCUGACCUGCAGAUUAUUUUACUGAGUAAUUAACAGCCGUUAAUUAUGAGCAUUUUAUUUUAUUUUUAAGUUUUAUGUUAUGAAAGCAUUACUUGCAUUAGUUUUAGUUUAGUUCAUUGAGGCCUAAGUGUCAUGAUGUGAGAUUGAUUUAAAAUCAAGCCGUUCAUCCUAAACCUUGUAGAAGAUCUAGUUUGGUCGUUAAUUUUAAAUAUUUCAACACUCAUUUCUUUAUCGUUUCCUUUAGCUAAUAUUUACUUUGUCACGUCCGAUCUUUUGUAUUUGUUAGUGAUUGGGGCAGAUGUUAGCUCAGCGGUUAGGUAGAAUAUUUACAUUUACAUUUAUGACACUGAGCAGACGCCUUUAUCCAAAGCGACUUACAGUUGUAGGUGAAUACAGUGCAAGCAAUUAAGUCUUAAGGAUCCUGAACAAGGGCCCAACAGUGGCCCUUUGAUUUAUAAUCCAGGACCUUAACCGCUGAGCUAUUAGACUUGUAAUAUGAAGGUUGCUGGUUCAAGCCCCAUCCCUGCCAGGUUGUCACUGUUGGGCCCUUGAACAAGGUUCUUAACCCACAAUAUCCUGAAUUGUAUUUAGUCACAAAUGCAAGUCGCUUUGGCUAAAAUGGUCUGCUAAAUGGCGUAAAUAUAACAAAUUACAGCUGCUCCCAGUACAUUUUGAAUUAAAAUAAAUUUAGUAUCGCAUCUAUGAAAUCUUCAGCGUUUUCACUCUGUUAAAAAAUUUGCAAAUGUUCUCAUGAAUACAAACCUUUAUUAAAUACAAAAAUCUCAUCAUUAGUCUUAAUUUAGCCCCAGUUAAUAAUAAGACCAUAAAUGUCUGGUUCUAAUUCUGUGUGUGUGUGUGUGUGUGUGUGUGUUGCCCAAAACAAACUUUUACUUUGAGCUCUGCAUCAAGUCCCAAAUGUAUUUAUUUAUUUAUAAGGAUUUUAACGACAUGUUUUACACUGUGGUUACAUUCAUGACAGGAACGGUAUUUACUCAUUACACAAGAUGAAUGGACAGUUUUGUAUCUUCAAUUAAUCUGACUGCACGUCUUUGAACUGUGGGAGGAAAUCGGAGCUCCUGGAAGAAACCCACGCAGACACGGGGAGAACAUGCUCCACACAGAAAGGACCCGGACCGCUCCACCUGGGGAUUGAACCCAGGACCUUCUUGCUGUGAGACGACAGUGCUACCCACUUAUCCAUCGUGCCGCCCUACUAGACUUGUAAUAUGAAGGUUGUCACUGUUGGGUCCUUUAAGGUUCUUAACCCUCAUUAUCUUUCAUUGUAUUCAGUCACAAUUGUAAGUCCCUUUGGUUAAAAUUGUCUGCCAAAUGUCAGUAAAUGUAUUGUUACCCUGUGAUGAAUUGGCACCGUGUGUAAUCCUGUCCUCCACCCAGUAAUCCACAGCAGCCCAGCAAACGUGAUUAGUUUAGCUAUGCUUUUAUAUUUGUUUUCCCACCGAAUGUUUAAAUAAAUUGUACUUUUUAACGUACUGGAUCAUUUUGCUUGAUCUUUGAUUUGGAGACUGUGUUGCAGGAUCUACCCACAUUUAAUAAAACCUUGAAAUGGAA